AAGUAUUUAAGGGGUUUAGUUUAAUUUUAGAGUUAGUUAUGGUGGUCCUUCUUGGCCUAACGGGAGGCAUUGCUUCGGGAAAAUCUACUGUUUCUACUAUUUUUACGUCUUUGGGAAGUAAAGGCACCAUCGGUGUGGUAGACGCGGAUAAGAUUUCAGCAGAUGUGCUAAAACCAAAUACUUCCACUUGGAAAAAGGUCGUUGCAAUUUUUGGAGAGGAAUUUCUAAAAAAGGAUAAAAGUUUGGAUAGAGUAAAACUCGGGAAAGUGAUUUUUUCCGACAAAUCUAAAAGAAUUGAGCUUAAUAAAAUUGUGCACACCGCGAUAUUGAAGGAAAUGUUGUUGGCGGCCGUUAAGUUGUAUUUUUCUGGUGCUCGUGUGAUUAUAUUUGACGUUCCAUUACUAUUUGAAACGAAUUUUUAUAAGAUUACUUCUCCAAAUGUUGUUGUUUACUGUUCCGAAAGCAAACAAAUUCAGAGGCUCAUGGCGAGAAGUAAGCUUUCAGUCCAAGACGCUAAAAACCGUAUAAAAUCACAAAUGUCUUUUAAGGAAAAGCGAAAGCUAGCGGACUAUAUUAUCAACAAUGAUGGAAAUCUAAAAUACUUAGAAAAAGAAGUCAAUAAACUUUUUAAUAAAUAUUAUCCGGACUUUUGGAAAGGCCAUAGAGAAAAAAUUAUCGUUAUAACGGCUUUGCUUUCAAUUGCCUCUAUUCUAGCGGUGAACAUGGGUUUUUAA